GUGUGUUUUUGAGCUAGUGAUCCUCGCUAUCGAGUGGAAACCCCCUUUUUAUAUGAUACGAGCAGGCUAAUGGCUGGUUUAGUCACGGCAGUGCAACGUCAAGGAUCUACCGCGGAAGGUGGAAAGAAGGAAUUGAGCCAUUCCAUUAUCCUCUUCGGUCGCCUACGUCUGCCGGGGCGGCUCCAUCUUUCUCUCCUCCGUCAUCUUUCGAACCACAGCAGAAGGGCGAUCAAUGACCCCCCGCCUACUCAGCACCAGACGACUCAACCUUUUAUUCAUCCGAAGCGAGACGACGCGGCCUUGACGGAGACGAGGAAUGUUUGCACGCCUUGCAUGGGUAUGGCUCGCAGCCACCUCUGUCUCGGGAGCCUACGUGCAAUGGCAGCACUGCGACGGCCCGGCAACCCAUCUCGAUGUCUUCGUCCCAGGGAGCGUGUCCGCCACUUUGGUGCCGUCGAACGACGGCCGCGAGAAUCUUCUUACCCUGCGGGCUGGGCGGUGGAUAGAAGCGGCCGAAUGCCAAAAGCUUUCUGCUAUGGUGCCCGCCGCGACAAUCCAAGUCAAAAUGCUCGGGCGGUCUUCAGCAUACCGCACCACAACAAAUGCGACGUGCGAGAAACUAGACUUUUCCAAGAAUCGGGCCUCGCCCCUGGCACAUCCCGUCAGUCUCUACGUAUCCAUUGCCAACGAUAUUGGCCCUUUGCCCCCGUUGUCGACCUUUCACAUCACUUUCCAUCUGGAGGGGAAUGAUUCAGAAGAGAUCACCUGCCAACAGGCCAACAUCACACCGGCUCUCAGUCCAGCCAUCUCCUCCGCCAUCACUUACUCGGCGUGGGCUCUCUUCAUCUUCGUGCUCCUCGUCGGCAUCGCACGCUCCGUCUCCAGUACCCCGAUCAAUUUCGAUAAUGAUGAACUGCGCCCAGUUCGGUCAGUCCUCCCGAAUGUCGGGGACUGUCUUCAGUACUUUCAGUUCAUUUUUUUGACUGGUGGGCUCAACCUGCGGUACCCCGGUUUCUAUCAACCCGUUGUCAGUCAUCUCAACUGGUGGUCUCUUGUUGUCAACGGCCCAAUCACCCAUGGGCAAGUGUACAAAGGUGUGGAAGAUGGGAUCUACGUGCUGAACGGCACCUAUGGCGGCACCUAUGGUUUGGAGUUGAUGACCCAGAUUGCUGGCGCCCCCAUGUCGAUGGACACCUGGCUCAACAUGGUCAUUCUUGUGUUCACCGUUGCAGCUAGCAUUGCCUUGGUUCUCAGGGUCUCCUGGCUUGUGAGCAGGAACCGCAGCUCAGACAACAGGCCGUCUCAAUCGAGCCAUGGGAUGCGGCAGGCCUGCAACCGUACCUUGCGUGUCGUACUGUCGUACUUCAUGUUUCCUCUGGUGGCUUUAUCCUUUUACCAGCUCGAUCAAGCCUCGUGGCUGCCUGUUUAUCACACAAGUCUGGCCGCCACGCUCAUCGUCGCUAUCAUGGCUGCCUUUGUCUGGCUCGUUCGGCAAAUCCCAACACGCAACCUAGGCGCUCUCCUCUUCGACAGCACCAAACGAUACAGACAGCUGCCUCCUUCCGAAGACUUCCAGCGGCAUGACGAGAGGUUCAUUUUUAUCAUUUUUACUCUCACUUUCGUUCGGGGCGCUGUCGUUGGCGGGUUGCAGAUUUCCGGCGUGGCGCAACUGGCUGUUCUUGGGGCUUGCGAGCUGGUUUUGCUUGCUAGCAUUGCCGGGUUCCAGGCGUACUCGACAUUUUCGGUCGGAAGCAUCGCAGCUACCAUCAGGCUCUGCAGCUUGGUGUUUCUGGUCGCUUUUCUGCCUGGAAUUGCCACCACCGGUAUCAAGAGUGCCAUCGGGUACUUGCUCCUAAGUAUUCAUGCCGGUAUGCUUGUGCUUGGGUUUCUCGUCCCCGCAGCUUGUGAUCUUGCCAACAUCGUCAAAACCUGGUGGACAGCGCCAAAGCCCGAUGUAGGUUUACGGGCUUCGUGAGCUACGUCGGCGUGAUAUGUCGCCAUCAAAUCUGGCCUCCAUGUAUACUACUGCCAACGAGCUCGACACAUCAUAUCCAGAACCGCAUGAUGUUGAAGAGCCCAACGCAGUCUCCUUGCGGCCGACAUAUAGGCCAGGCAGCCCCAGCACUAUGCGCCUGAGCCAUUCGACCGCUUCAAGUCGCUACUUUCGAUUACCACGGUCGAGCGCAUCCC